AGCGCCGCUUUCUCCCUCGGCGGGGGGAGGCAGAGGGGGCCCGCUUCCUGCCUGGAGGACGCCCCCCCGCCCACGCUGCCAAGCUCUGCUGUGGGGCAGAUCCUGAGCUGCCUGUCUCCUGGUGGGAGGGAGAACUGUGACCCCCUCCCGCCGCCCCCCGCACACUGCUCCCCUCUUAGCCAAGUAGCAGCUCAGAAGUGGGAGAGGCACUCAGCUCUCUCACUCAGGAUCGCCCCCCCCAUCCAAGCUUGUGGGGCUGAGCUUGACCUUUGGGUCCCCUGGGAGGAAUAACUGGGACCUUCCCCCCGCCUGCUCCCCUCCUCUCCAAAUACCAACUCAGAAGUUGGGACCUCGCCCAGUAAUCCCACUCAGAACACACACACCCCUCCUCCCAGACUGGACUAUUAGCCUUCCUCAAAGCCCGGCCAUCACUGAGCUGCGGGUCUAGGGAAGAGGCACGGGGUAGGUACUGGGGGACACACGUUGCUUCUUCCCCCAGUCUGAACGCAAAGGAGCCCCCCCCCCGUUUGUCGCAGAAGUCAGCCCUUUACUUAGGAGCCUAGGCAGCUGCCAUAUACUGAGUUGGUCUGUCUAGCUCAGUAUCGUCUUCACAGACUGGCAGCGGCUUCUCCGAGGUUGCAGGCAAGGUUCCCUCGCCCUGCCUUCUGCUUGGGGCAAACCUUGGCCACGACCAGGCCAGCCAGGCUGGGCUUCAGGGACCUCACCUGCCAGCGGCCUGAGCUCUCCCUCCUUGGGAGUUGUCCAGCUGGGCACGAAGGAGGCUUGCCAAGGGCACAGGGCUGGCUAGGGGAUGCCGGAUCAGCUGCCAGCUCUUCUUCCUCCUCCUGAAGCCAGCCAGAGAGCCUCUCCUCCUCCUCCCUCUCCUCCUCCCAGUGCUCUGCCCCACACGCUUCCAAAACAACAGCCUGGGUCGGAUCUCCCACCUCGGGACCCUCUUUGAUGGCUUCUCUGAGGAGAGUGAAAGUCCUGUUGGUCUUAAACUUGAUUGCCGUGGCCGGCUUUGUCCUCUUCCUGGCCAAGUGCCGGCCCGUUGCAGUGAAGAGCGGGGACGCCUUCCACGAGGUCCACCCCCGGGCCGAGAUGGCCAACCUCACCAGCCACGCUGCCAACCCCAUCCAGGAUGCCGUCUUGAAGAGGCUCUCGCUGCUCGAGGACAUCGUCUACAGACAGCUCAACGGUCUGUCCAAGUCCUUGGGGCUGAUUGAAGGCUUCGGUGGCCGGGGUAAAGGAGGGCUGCCUGCCACCCUUUCGCCCGAGGAGGAGGAGAAAGCCAAGGGACCACACGAGAAAUAUGGCUACAAUUCUUACCUCAGCGAGAAAAUAUCACUGGACCGCACCAUACCGGAUUAUCGCCCAACCAAGUGCAAAGAGCUGAAAUACCGAAAGGACCUCCCCCAGAUUUCCAUUAUCUUUAUCUUCGUGAAUGAGGCCUUGUCCGUCAUUCUGCGGUCGGUCCACAGUGCCGUCAAUCAUACUCCUGCCCACCUCUUGAAGGAGAUCAUCCUUGUGGAUGACAACAGUGAUGAAGAGGAGCUGAAGGCACCACUGGAGGAGUAUGUUAACAAGCGGUAUCCAGGCCUUGUGAAGGUUGUGCGCAACCAGAAGAGGGAAGGCCUGAUCCGUGCUCGCAUCGAAGGAUGGAAAGUCGCCUCGGGGCAGAUUGCCGGCUUCUUUGAUGCACACGUGGAAUUCACCGCAGGCUGGGCCGAGCCGGUGCUUUCGCGCAUCCAGGAAAACCGGAAGAGGGUCAUCCUCCCUUCGAUUGACAACAUCAAGCAGGACACGUUUGAGGUCCAGCGGUAUGAAAAUUCAGCCCAUGGAUAUAGCUGGGAGCUGUGGUGCAUGUACAUCAGCCCUCCGAAGGACUGGUGGGACGCGGGAGACCCUUCGUUGCCAAUCAGGACCCCAGCGAUGAUUGGAUGCUCUUUUGUUGUGAACCGGAAGUUCUUCGGAGAAAUUGGCCUCCUCGAUCCAGGGAUGGAUGUCUACGGCGGAGAGAACAUUGAGCUCGGGAUCAAGGUCUGGCUCUGCGGAGGGAGCAUGGAAGUACUUCCCUGCUCUCGAGUCGCCCACAUUGAGCGCAAGAAGAAGCCCUACAACAACAACAUUGGCUUCUACACCAAGAGGAAUGCGUUGCGGGUGGCCGAGGUGUGGAUGGACGGCUACAAAUCCCACGUCUACAUCGCUUGGAACUUGCCCUUGGAAAAUCCAGGCAUUGAUAUUGGGGAUGUCUCCGAGCGAAAAGCACUCAGGAGAAGCUUGAAGUGUAAGAAUUUCCAGUGGUAUUUGGAUAAUGUCUACCCAGAGAUGCGAAGAUACAAUAACACCAUUGCAUAUGGAGAGCUUCGCAACAACAAAGUGAAGGACGUCUGCCUUGAUCAAGGACCGCAAGAGAACCGCACCGCAAUCCUCUAUCCAUGCCAUGGAUGGGGGCCACAGCUUGCCCGCUACACCAAAGAAGGCUUCCUUCAUCUGGGUGCUCUCGGGACCACAAUACUCCUGCCUGAUACCCGCUGCCUGGUGGAUAAUAUGAAGAGCCGGUUUCCCCAACUCCUCGACUGUGAGAAAGUUAAAAGCAGUCUCCAUAAGCGCUGGAAUUUUAUACAGAAUGGCGCAAUUUUAAAUAAAGGGACGGGGCGCUGCUUGGAAGUGGAGAAUAAAGGCGUGUCGGGCAUGGAACUUGUUCUCCGCAGCUGCACGGGACAGAGGUGGGCAAUAAAGAACUUCAUCAAGUAGGCCCUUCACCCUCGACUCAAGAACUCUUAAGGCCACAAUCUCGGAAAGCUAGACCUUUGAAACAACUCCUCUGUUCUAUUCACAACGUCAGGGAAUCUUAAGGGAAGAGGAGAUUUCGUUCUUUGUUUUCCUUUUAUUUAUUGAAACUUUCUCUCCGCUGGAUGAAAAUGUUCUGGAUCUGCAGGUCAGCACGCGAGUGGCGUUUCCACAGAGAUGGCCAGAGACUGAAGUUGUAAACUGGAAGUGAUUUCUCAGCUUUGUAAACCGCCCAGAGAUGGACGUUUGGGCAGUCUACAAAUUUGAUGAGUAAAUAAAUAAUAAGACACUUGUAGACCUUUCCCAUUGCCUCCCCGCAAAUGAAGACCCAGCAAAACGUACAGAAGAAAGGAGACCAUGGAUUUUAUUUUAUUUUUUUAGAAACCCACACACAUCUGGCAGGCGAGAUAACAUACUAACGUCCAUCAUCCUCACUGCAGAAGGAGCACUAGAAGUGGUGUAUUUGGUCCUCUUCUGGAUACUUCUGUCGUCCCCUCUAUCCGGGGCAAUGAGACUGGCGGACUUCUGAAGGCACAUGCAAAAUGAUUUCUUCAUUCAGGCACCUUGUGGGGUCAUCUGCAGAAUAACCACCCCACAAAAACCAUAAUGUCCAGCACGAUCACCAACUCCACACACACACACCCCACACACACACCUAUGCCACCGCCUUUGGCAUUUCAUCCAGCCACUAAUCUGGAAAGAGAAAGUGCAUGAUGCUACAUGAACGUGUUGAGGAUCAAUCGGGGGAAGGAGCACCGUAACAACGUUUUCUUCCACCCAAUACUGAUGCGAUGGGAUGGCUUUUGUGGUCUGCGUGGUUUUUAAAGUGCAACCCUCAGAAUGACAGAAAACCCUCAUGUAACCUUGUGCAAUUGUGCUUUAGAGACAAGAAGAUGCACUCUCUCCCUCCCAGGCCAGAAAUGGCUGUUGUGUUCCUGUGGGCUGCUUUGCCUUUCCCCACACCCCCACCCCUGACAUUUGUGGACAGUCUUGUCUUCUGAAACCAUUAGAUAGCGAAAAGGAGAGGGUGUUCUUGACCGUUUGGUUCAUGGAAGUGGGCCCAGGAGUGGGAAACUAAUAAAAUAAUAAUAAUAAUAAUAAUAAUAAUUAAUAAUAGAAGAAGAAGAAGAAGAAAUAGGGGGGAAAAAUACAAAGAUCUACAAAUUGAAAUUGAAAGGCUGUGGCAGAAGAAGACCAAAAUAAUCCCAGUAGUAAUUGGCACCCUAGGUGCAAGCACUUCAACACCGCAGGGGCCACAGAAAUCACCAUCAUCCAAUUACAAAAAGCAACUUUACUGGGAACAGCCUACAUUCUGCAGCAAUAUCUAUAAUAAUAAUAACAACAACAAUAUUAAUCAUAAAAUUCAGCCAUCCCAGGUCCUUGGGAAGGACUUGAUGUCAGGAUAAAACAAACCAGUCAAUAACACCUGUCUAACUGUGUAAACAACAACAACAAUAAUAAUAAUACAAGUUUAUUUGUUAGCUGCACCAUAACAAAUUGUUCUCUGGGUGAAACAGACAAAACACAUCCAAUCACAGAUAAAAACAGGUAAAAUGCAUGCAAUCACAACACCUCCCCCCCAAAAUACAAAAUAUAGUACAAAACCAUUUAAAAUCUUGGUUUCUGAAGUCAAUUUAUCGUUGACUUAAUCUUCCAAGGGGUGGUUGCAUGUGGUCACCCCAUAAAACUGAGGGGCAGUAACGAUUUUGACAGACAAGAGGGGGUAUUUCUUCACACAAUGUUUAAUGUGUGGGAUUCACUGUGAUGCUCAUUACCUUUUACGGCUUCAAAAAGGGAUUUGGCCAAGUCAAGGAGGGGGUGUCCGGGAUGGGGGGGGCUCUCCCUUCUGGAACUAUCACCUAUGGUGGUAAAGUGGAAUUGUUGAGGGGAACAGCUGAGCACAUGCUUUUGGGUGCAGAAGGUCCAAGUAGCUAUCCUUGGUCUCUCCAGUUAAAAAGAUCUCAAGCUGGUUGGAGACAAGUCUGAGACUCUGGAACACGGCUGCCGAUCAGAGUAGGCAAUGCUAAACUCGAUGGAUCAAGGGUCUGACUCAGUCGAUGGCAGUCCGGGGUUGUAGAGGACCCCACCACGGCCCAUUCCUGAGUAUCAGUCACGUUUCAAAAGUGUCGUCCUUUUGAAACCCAUGUGGGGACAGUUGGAUCUAAACCAAAUUCACAGCACGUGGGGGACCACAGAAAUGGCACCCCGUCAAAAGAGGCUGGAAGUAGGCUCUUCUUCUUAGAACUAUUAGCUGUGUUCAAAGUUGUACUAACGCACAUUCUUUGCAUGGAUGAAACACAGACACCCCUAGGGUGGACUUGCUUGGAUUUCCCAUCCCCAACAUCGGUUGGAUUUGGGCCCAGAUGGGGAGGAGCUCACAGUGUUCCAACGUGUCCUUGGAAGACGAACAGCUCCGCCCCUGCCCUCCGCCCCCUGGCUGGCCGCCUCCUACCUGCUUCAGGCCUGCCCACCUGCCUCCACUGCCCCUGACUCCGCCUCCACCUGUCUCUCCUUGUAAGCCCUUCCUGUUCCAAGGCCAGUUCAGCAGUGAGGGCACCGGAAUUCUUUCCCAGCUCCGAUUAAAAUCCAUUGCAGUCACACACACGCACACACACAGAGUCCACAUCUCCUCCAGAAUGGACGGGGUACGUUCACAUAUCGGCCAGACUUACCCAAAGUCCCUGCAAGCUCUCGGAGAGCACUUAACACACGAUCCGGGUUUUUCAUUGUGCGUUAGAGUGCAGCCCGAUUUAUAUCCGGGGUGAAAUAUCCACGUUUUGCAUCAGGUUUGUUUUUUUUUUGAAACUUUGAACUCGCAAUAAAGCAUCAUGUUAAAGCCUGCUAUCUGAUAAUGCUCCUGGCAAAAAUGACAGUCCAUAAUGGCCUCGGGGUCAUUUUCCUGAACCGCACCGCACUAGCAGCCGGCCAGAAACGGACGUCCGAGAUCAGUUCUCCCGUCUCCCCUCCUCCAGCCCUGAGUUUGCUGCCGGCUGGCCAGUGUUAAAAGGAAGGAGGAGUGGAGAAAGAGGAACAUGUCUGGGGUGGAGCAGGGGGCAAACUUGAAUUUGCUCCAAAAAAUGUGCGAGCCCUUUCCAGGUCAUCUGGAAACUAGGCCACUCGUUCUGGGGCUCAGUCAAAGGGCAGGACAGCAGGUUUGCCCAGGUUUACAGGGAAUUGCUCCCUUGCGAAGGUUUCAGCGUGACCUUUCCCCCAGUCCCAGAAUUGUGGCACCCUGGACCUUUGCCUCCCUGGGAGGUUCCCCUCCAUCCCAAAGCCUUAGGUAUGCAGAUUUCCUCAUUUUUGGCCGCUUGCAUGCAUGUCCACUUUCCGUUUAGCUUCGGACAGCUUCCUUGGAUGAAGUCAAGGUCUAUGGUGGUUUCCCUACAUUGUUGACUGGAGGCAUGUGUGCAUUGCUUUUCCUUCCGUAUCCAAGAGGCAGUUUUCAAACUGAUAACACCCCCAUGUGACUCUUGACGCGGUCAGACUUCAUUUCCCCGCCAAGGUGUCCCACUGCUCUGUUUACUUUGGCUUGGUUCACAUGUUGGCCUGAGUUUACAAACUAGCAGUGAGUGAAAGUUGCUAUCAUUUUCUUCCUUCCGACUACAUUACUGACUACAAUAAAUUUCAGCAAACUUUUGAGUGUCAA